CACACACACACACACACACAGACGGUCUCACCGUCAGUGGAUCAGCCGAGCGGAGAGCGACGAGUCCCGGUGACCAUGUCGGUGCUUGGCUCCGCCCCCAGCAGCGCCGACGCCUGCCUCAGCAUCGUCCACAGCCUGAUGUGUCACCGGCAGGGAGACGAGAACGAGGGCUUCGCCAAGCGGGCGAUCGAGAGUCUGGUGAAGAAGCUGAAGGAGAAGAGAGACGAGCUGGACGCCCUGAUCACCGCCGUCACCUCCAACGGCGCCCAGCCCAGCAGGUGUGUGACCAUCCAGAGUAGGACGCUGUGUGUUCAGCAUGGCUGUAUAUCUGUCUCUGACCUGUCUGUCUCUGACCUGUCUGUCUCUACCUGUCUGUCUCUGACCUGUCUGUCUCUGACCUGUCUGUCUCUACCUGUCUGUCUGCAGGUGGCGGGUAGGAAGGGUUUCCCUCACGUGAUCUACGCCCGUCUGUGGCGUUGGCCUGACCUCCAUAAGAACGAGCUGAAACACGUGAAGUUCUGUCAGUUUGCGUUCGACCUGAAGUACGACAGCGUGUGUGUGAACCCGUAUCACUACGACAGGGUGGCGUCGCCCGCCGCCGCAGGUCCUCCGUCUCUGAUAAAGGAGGAGUUCAUGCAGGACUGUCUGCAGGUGGACCUGCCCCCCCACUCCGACCCCUACAGCCAGCCCCGCCCUCUCAGCAUGUAUCCCAGCAUGCCCCUCUCUCCUCCAGGCAGCAGCUCCAUGACGGCUGCAGCUCUGUCAGCUGUUGGCUGCGGGAGGAACAGCGGGGGUCGGGGAAUCGCCCCCCUCAUAACCACGGGGCCACGCCUCCCCACCUCACCCAAACCCCCUCACACCCCCCAACCUCCUCACCCUCACACCCCCCAACCUCCUCACCCUCACACCCCCACCUCUGCACACCAGCCGGACUAUAGCAGCCUCCCAAAAACUGCUACCUGGCCAGGUAAUAGCCCCGCCCCCUACAACCCUGCAGGUCAGAGUGGGCGGAGCCACCAGCAGCCUCAGUUACAUCAUCAUCACCACGCCCCCAACACUCACUUCUGGUCUCAGCACCACAGUACGGCUCCGUACCCACAACCUGUGUCCAACCACCCAGGUCCAGAGUUCUGGUGCUCCAUCUCGUACUUUGAGUUGGACGUUCAGGUUGGUGAGAUGUUUAAGGUCCAGUCCAGCUGUCCUCUGGUCACCGUGGACGGUUAUGUGGAUCCUUCAGGAGGAGACCGUUUCUGUUUGGGUCAGCUGAGUAACGUCCACCGCACCGCCUCCAGCCACCGAGCCAGGCUCCACAUCGGUCGGGGGGUUCAGCUGGAGUGUCGUGGGGAGGGGGACAUCUGGAUGCGUUGCCUUAGCGACCACCCAGUAUUUGUCCAGAGUUUGUACCUGGACCGUGAGGCGGGCCGAGCACCUGGAGACGGAGUCCAUAAGAUCUACCCCGGAGCUUACAUCAAGGUGUUUGACCUGAGGCAGUGUCACAGGCAGAUGCAGCAGCAGGCGGCAGCGGCUCAGGCAGCGGCAGUUGUCGGUGCGAUUCCCGGGCCGAACAGUGUGGGGGGGAUCGCUCCUGCAGUCAGUGUGUGUUCGGCGGCGGGUCUCGGCGUGGACGACCUGCGGCGGUUGUGCAUCGUGCGUCUGAGCUUCGUUAAAGGUUGGGGGUGCGAUUACCCGCGUCAGAGCAUCAAGGACACGCCCUGCUGGCUGGAGGUCCACCUGCACCGAGCGCUGCAGCUGCUGGACCAGGUGCUGCACGCGCUGCCGCCGCGGGAACACACGCUCUGACACAGGUGUGUGUGUGUGUGUGUGCAGGUGGGGGGGGGUUAGCUCACGGGACAGCCAAUCAGCCGAGAGACAGAGCCGUUCAGAAGACGUCACCUGAACCCAACACCACCUACCUGUCUGGGGCUCACAAGCUCCGCCCACACGCCGCAGCUCAUUGGUCGGUUCAGAAAGGCUUCAGACAAUCAGCCAACCAAAGCAUCACAUCUGUCCUGUCAGUCAAAUUAGUUUCCAUGGUUACCAGCGUCCAGUGAAGCACAUUAAAGGGUCAGUUCACCGUUUUCUCCUUUUUAAAGCUCAUUAUUAUUUAUUUUCUUUAUUUCAGGAUUUCUGAAAAGUUGUUCUUGAGGUGACAAUAAUUGUUGUCAUCACAUGAUCCAUCUGAUGAUGAUGUAUUCUUUCUAAAAGGUCCUAUACUGCGUUAUCUCUAAUCGUUAGCUGGUCCCUUUAACAUGAAGGAUCAGUGUAUCUCCUCUGAGUCCAGACUCCUACGAAGGAAGAUCAUUUCAGACGCUUGUAUCCUCGAUCUUUCUCUUUAUGUCUCUAUAUAAAGCUCAUGAUCACAGCUGAGGGGCUGAACGUAGAUGGACUAGUAGAUCAAGAGCUUUAUCUUCUGGUUCAGCUCCCUCUUCACCACAACGGUCCAGUUCAACAUCUAAAUUACUGCUGACGCUGAACCCCGGUGCUGCUGAAGGUCACGUUAUGAAGUAGCCAACAGAACCACAUCAUCUGCAAAGAGACGAAACACAUUCCUGAGGUCCCUCAAUCCGACACUCUUCUCCCCCCAACUGCAACAUUUAUUUUUCUAUGUGAAAUCCAGAUCCAAAGGAUCUCAGAAUCUAGAUCUAUAUAGAAACAUUGAUAAAUAAAAACAGUUUGUUUAAUCUUCUCCUCACUCAUCCACCUAUUAAGCCGUAAACCUUCCCCACUGAAGCCAGUAUUGUAUUUUGUUGUAGCGUUUUAAAACUCGCCGGGUUUGAGGAUGACCUCUCUUUACUUCCUGUCAUCCGUCAGUAUGAAAGACAUUAAAAUGACUCAAUAUACUUCAAAAAAAGAAGAGAAGAAGAAACAGAAAUGAAAUAAAAGAAGAACUAGAGACCACCCUGCUAUGGGGUCACACCUGCAGCGACAGCCUCCCCUCUCCCCCACUUCCUGCCCCCUCUAUUUGUCAAAACUGGUAAAUAUGUAGAGAGGUUUAACUUGUUUUGGUCAAUAUCUGUGGGACCAGUUCAGAAUCUGCACUGGUCCAGUUCAAACCUAAAUCUCCCGGACACAUUAAUGUCUGAUUGUUCUCUCUGAGUUGUGGCGUCCCUCAGGGGUCGAUCCUGGGUCCCAACCUAUUCUUCCUUUAGGACACAUUUUACAUCAGUGUGUCUGUUAUCACCAUGGUGUCUUUAACUAUUUAUAGAACCUGAUGUUUUCUGGUCUGACUCACCAGAUGUAGACUCUGAGUAUCAGUCUGACAUUAACUAUCGUAAACGGAUCCGUCGCUGAAUCCUGUGCUUAGUGCCACCAGAGACGAUUCUGAUUGGUUUAAAGAAAUACAAAGAGGAUGUUCCCCCCGAUAGCAGAACGAUGAAGUCUUGGUCUCACCUGUUGCAUGAUUUGAAAUAAGUUCAUCUAGUUUGGGUGAACUGACCCUUUAACAACUGGAAAACAUAAAAAAUUUAAUAAACCUUACCUGCCAGAAUCAGCUGUUCCAUUUUCCACAGAGUGAUGUCAUCCUUCUGUUUCUGUUUCUUUAUUGGUUAUUUAUUUUUUAUAAUUAUUUACCAAAGAUUCAUUUCCUGCUCUUGAUGACAUCACAUCCUGUUACCCUGUACUUUUUUUU